AUGAGGAACACCGGCUCUCUCGCCUCCUUGGCCCUGGUGCUGCCCGCCCUAGUCAGCGCCUCGGCGGACUGCAAGCCGUACGUCGACUACGAGAAGCUCGAGGACCUCCUCACCCUCGACGACCUCCUCUCGGGCGCCCAGAAGCUCCAGGACUUCGCCGACGCCCACCACGGCAACCGCGUGUUUGGUAGUGGCGGCCACAACGCCACCGUCGACUACCUCUACGACUCCCUCGUGGCCACCAACUACUUCGACGUCGUCAAGCAGCCCUUCACCGAGAUCUUCGCCGACGGCGACGCCACCCUCACCAUCGAUGGCGAGACCGUCGCCGCCGGCAUCAUGACCUACACCCCCGGCGGCUCCGCCACGGGACCCCUCGUCCUCGUCCCCGGCCUGGGCUGCACCCCGGACAGCUUCCCCGCCGAGGUGGCCGGCAACGUCGCCAUGGUGAGCCGUGGCGAGUGCACUUUUGCCGCAAAGUCCGUCUCCGCCAAGGCUGCGGGUGCCCUGGGCCUCAUCAUCUUCAAUAACGUCGCCGGCACGCUGAGCGGCACGCUGGGCGAGGCUUUCGGCGAGUACGCCCCCGUCGUGGGCAUCAGCAUGGAGGAUGGCCAGGCCAUCAUUGCGAAACUUGAGGCGGGCGAGGUCACUGUCGAUCUCCAGAUUGAUGCUGUCGUUGAGGAGCGCGUCAACUUUAACGUCAUUGCUGAGACGAAGGGGGGCGACCACGACAAUGUUCUCGUUUUGGGCGGUCACUCUGACUCGGUGUCUGCCGGUCCUGGUAUCAACGACGACGGCUCCGGCAUCAUUGGCGUGCUGAACGUGGCCCUGGCCCUCACCCACUUCCGCGUCAAGAACGCCGUCCGCUUCGCCUUCUGGGGUGCCGAGGAGUAUGGCCUGCUGGGCUCGUACUACUACAUGAGGCAGCUGAACCAGUCGGACGUUGAGCUGUCCAAGAUCCGCGCCUACCUCAACUUUGACAUGAUCGCCAGCCCCAACUACAUCUUCGGCAUCUACGACGGCGACGGCGGCGCCUUCAACCUGACCGGCCCCCCCGGCUCCGACGUCCUGGAGCGCGACUUCGAGGAGUUCUACGACAGCGUGGGCCUGCCGCACGUGCCGACCGAGUUCAGCGGGCGGUCCGACUACGCGGCCUUCAUCGAGAACGGCAUCCCCUCGGGCGGCCUCUUCACGGGCGCCGAGCAGCCCAAGACGGCCGAAGAGGCGGCGCUCUUCGGCGGCCAGGCCGGCGUCGCCUACGACCCCAACUAUCACCUCAUCGGCGACGACAUCAACAACCUCGACCACGACGCCUUCUACGUCAACACCCUCAGCAUCGCCAACUCGGUCGCCAAGUACGCCAUCAGCUUCGACUCGCUCGAGCCCGUCGACCUUGCCAGGCGCUAUGCGGCCGCUGAGCGGGCUCGCCUGUUCAAGAGGACUGGUGUCUCUGCCCAUGGCCACUCGCACUCCCACUCUGGUCCUUGCGGUGGCGGUGCCAAGAAGUAA